AUGUAUAAAACACAAGUGUUAAAUAGUAUUUUUGAUGGAAUUAGAAAUGCAAAAAAGUGCACCAAGAAUUUGGUUUUACUAGUUACUACCCGUUGGGGUUUACACUUGUUUUGCUUACAAUCGAUGGCUGUUUGUAAAGAAAGUUUGCAAACUUUGGCUGUGAAAGAAGAGGCUGGUAAUAUAUUGGGCCUCGAUAAAAAACAAACGCUUUUGGAUGACGAAAUUUUCUGGGUGUGUACAGAAAGUACCAAAGCUCUUGUGGAGCCAGUAGUCAACUGGAUUUUAAAGUUAGAAAGCAACGAAGAUACAAUACAUCUAUGUUUUAAAGCAUUCAGUGAAAUUCAAGAAAGCUUAGCGAAAAACUUACCACUCUCAGUAUUACAGAAAAAUGAGGGAAAAAAUUUUAUGGAUAAAUAUUUGGAAAGAAAAUCUUAUGCGCUUACAUCUAUCCAUAAAGCCUCUUGUCUAUUAGAUUCAAAGGCGCAAGGUUGUUACUUAAGUUCUGAAGAACAACUCGAUGCCAUUGAAUACAUAGUUAGCUUCGCAAGAAGUUCACAUUUCUCUGAUGAUACCAUUUCUCCAAUAAUUGAUCAUGAACAGUUGCUUGUUGAAAUUGCCAAUUAUAGAGCGCACGAAGGUAUGUGGGCGAAAGAUUUCAUUUGGACUGCUUCACAGAAUGUAACACCUGUCGUUUGGUGGAAGGGAAUCAUUGGACAGAACAAUCAGCUAUCAAAAGUGGCAGUAAAAAUUCUUUCUGUUCCUGCUACUUCAGCUUCGACUGAGCGAACUUUUUCCACAUUUUCUGCAGUUCACACAAAGAAAAGGAACAAGCUAACAACUCCGCGUGCAAUAAAAUUAACGUACAUCGCCCAUUACUGGCGAACGCGUAACAAAGCAAAGACAGCUGUAUGGGAUGUACCACUUGACAAAAACGAGUGUCCGUCUACUUCCAGUUUGACUCAAGUAACUGAAAGUGUUCAGCAUUUUAACAUGAUAGUGCCGGAAGCAGAGAUACCUGGACUUUCAGGAUUUCAAAAUUACUAA